AGAAUAUCAAUGAUUGAGAAUCGAGGAUAUGAUAUUAAAAAUAUUUUCUAAUGUUAUAGGAGACGUUCAAAGGAUCCAUUCUAGAAAAAGGAGUCCAGAGGAAAGAAGAAAGAAAAUCAUCACACAUCAGCAGUGGAACACAAGGAAGAAACAACAUGAGUGUCCCCAAUGUUUCAAAACCUUUCCUACACCUUCCGUUCUUGCAAUUCAUCAACGAACACACACAGGAGAAAAGCCCCAUCAAUGUUCUCAGUGUGGAAAGACCUUUACUCAAAUGGCUCAUCUCAAGACACACCUGAUGAUCCACACUGGAGAAAAGCCAUAUCAUUGUACUACAUGUGGGAAGGGUUUCAAAAGUAGCAGUGAAUUUAAAAUCCACCAGAUGACACAUACUGGAGAAAAGCCACAUCAGUGUUCUCAGUGUGGAAAGACUUUUAGCCGUAUUGACAGUCUCAAGACACACCAGAUGAUCCAUAGUGGGGAAAAGCCACAUCAUUGUUCUCAGUGUGGAAAGGCCUUUACUGACAAGGGUAAUCUCAAGAAACACCAGAGAAUUCACACUGGGGAAAAGCCAUGUCAUUGCUCUCAGUGUGGAAAGACUUUUAGUCAAAUGGCUCAUCUCAAGACACACCAGAGGAUCCACACUGGAGAAAAGCCAUAUCAGUGUACUACAUGUGGGAAGGAUUUUAGGAAUAGCAAUGUUCUUACAAUCCACCAGCUGACACAUACUGGGGAAAGGCCAUAUCAUUGUUCUCAGUGUGGAAAGACUUUUAGUCAAAUGGCUCAUCUCAAGACACACCAGAGGAUCCACACUGGAGAAAAGCCAUAUCAGUGUACUACAUGUGGGAAGGGUUUCAAAAGUAGCAAUGAAAUUAGGAGUCACCAGAUGACACAUACUGGAGAAAAGCCACAUCACUGUUCUCAGUGUGGAAAGACCUUUACUCAAAUGAGUCAUCUCAAGAUACACCUUAUGAUCCACACUGGAGAAAAGCCAUAUCAUUGUACUACAUGUGGGAAGGGUUUCAAAAGUAGCAGUGAAUUUAAAAUCCACCAGAUGACACAUACUGGAGAAAAGCCAUAUCAUUGUUCUCAGUGUGGAAAUGCCUUUACUAACAAGGGUAAUCUCAAGAAACACCAGAGAAUUCACACUGGGGAAAAGCCACAUCACUGUUCUCAGUGUGGAAAGACUUUUAGUCAAAUGGGUAAUCUCAAGACACACCAGAGAACCCAUCAAGGGGAAUAG